AUGGGAAUACAAAAAAUGUUUUUUUUGACACGAUGCGGAAAACAAGUUUAUUCAGAUAUAAACAUAAGAAGGACCAUAAAAAUACUCACCCCAUUUAAACAGUAUACAACUUAUUUGAAUAAAGAAGAUAACAUAAAUAAUAAUUCUCAAUUAAUUAAUGAAAAAAAUAAAAAUGAUAAUAUAAAUUUGUGUAAUAAAUAUGUUGACUUUUUUAGAGAUGAAAGUAGAAAUAUUGGAAUAGUUACUUUUAAAAAUAUAUGUGAUAAAAAAAAUAUUUUUCCAGAUUUUUUAGAAGAAUUAAAAAAUGUCAUAGAUCAUAUAAAUAAUAUCAUAUCUAAUGAGGAAAAUAAUAAAUUCUAUAUCAACGAAUUUAAAAAUAAAGAUAAUUAUUUAGUUAAAAAUUUGAAAAAAGCAAUACCAUAUUAUGACAAUAAAUUAAAAGUAUUAAUCAUUAAUGGGACAGACACUAACUUUAAGCAAAAUAAUAAUACAUUCUUAAAUUCAGUUGAUUAUAAUUCUUAUUUAAAAUGUGAUGAAGGAACUAAUGUUGAUAUAUCAAGUAUGUUUAGAAUAAUCUGCAAUAAUAUUCAACAACUACCUUUAAUAACAGUUAGUAACAUUAAUGGGAUUUGUUACAACAGUGGUAUGGAUAUAAUUUUAUCAACUGAUUUUAGAAUUUCAAAUGAAAAUAGUAAAUAUGGAUAUGAUAAAACUUAUAUUGGUUUAUAUCCAUAUGGUGGUAGUAUACAAAAACUAUUUAGACAUAUUCCUAUGAAUUAUUCAAAAUAUUUAUUAUUAACAAGUCAGACAAUUAAUGCAUUUGAUGCAUUAAAAUUUAAUCUAAUAGAUAUAUGUAUAAAUAAAAAUGAUGAAUUUUAUAUAAAUAAUUCUAAUGUUCAUUUUGAUCAUAAUUUAACUAACAAAAAUAAAACCAAUAUUAUAAAAGAAAAUAUUAUUAAAUAUUUCAAUGAUAUUUUCAUAAAUGAUCAUUUUAAAUUAAAAGCAAAUGAUGAUAGCUUUAUUUUUACACUUUUUUUUGCUUUUCAAUUUUUAUUUACCCCUACUUAUAUUCUACAAAAUAUCAAACUCUCUAUUAAUGAAGGAAUGCUACUAAACGAUACAAAUGCAUAUUUAGAUUGCGAUCGAGUGGUAUUCGAAAAAUCUAUAAAUACACCUGAACGAUUAGAGAUCCUAAAUUAUUUAAAAACAAAAAAGGUUAGAGAAUCCAAACCAAACUAA